AUGUCGUUUACGAGACCGAUCGUGGCGAUGAUGGGUCCUAGUGGCGCGGGACCGGAGCCAGAGCCACAAUUUUCACGGCCUCUUAGAGGCCCCGAUCGUUCCGAAAAAUCGGCUAUGACUCUCAUGCGAAACCUAAGAUGCUAUAACAAAAUGGCUGAUAUAUUAAGCGAAUUCCACAAGGACCUCUGCUGCGAAGAUCCCGUUGAUGCCGGCCCUGAAGGACGCAACGAGGAACGAUAUGGUCCGGGAAUUUUCCUAUUUUGGGGGCUAAACUGA